AUGGCUCAACAGGAGGAUGGGUGGCCUCUUGGGCUGCAACCAUUGAGCGUGAGAGUUGGGUUGUUAAGACAUCGGGAUCGUAAUGGGUCAGUUUCCUUCAAAACUUUGCUCACUGGUUCUCCCAGCUUCUCCACUGAUUUUUAUUCCUCCGAUCUUGAUACAGAGGUCAGAUUUCCACUGGUUCUUUCUUCCCAUGACAAGAGCAUUACUCUCGGAAGCCUUAUAGGCAUUUCUAGCAUUCUUGAAUUGUCACAAAGAUCAAUAAGGAGAAGAACAGCUGAAACCUUUAGAAGCAAGAAGAGUAGCAAAUCCACUUGGUUAUUCUCACUAUGCUCAAAGCUCCGCACUGAUGCUGUGAGCAUGAGCAACACUCCAUCUCUCGGUCACUUUCUUGGGGCUGAGAGGAAAGCUUCCACCAAUUACAGGAGAAAUCAAAGUCAGAACACUCAUGUACCAGAUGAUUUCUCGGAUCUGGUCCCUAUUUCAGAGUCUAGCUCGCUGCUCAUCAGUGGCCAGAUUGCUUCUCCUCAGUCAAUUACUUGGUUUCGUUCGGAAGGUGAAAGAAGAUCAAACAGUGGCUUACUUGAGCAUGGUCAGGAGCAUGGAGCUCCACUUCUUUUCUCAUGUUUCUGUGGACAACUUGCUCACUAA